CCGUCGUCCAAGAUUCCAAGUCGGAGUUCAAGUGGGAAGCCAGACAUUGGAUUGAGGACUCGAGAUGAAAACCAAGCAUCGCCAAGCCUGCCAUGCUUGCUUGUUGUGAACAGCUGGAUAUGCUGGAUCAUCCAUCAAGCAAGGCGUCAAGCCCUAAGAGUUACGGCCUGCAUCCCUCCUCGCCUCAUCACAGACGUGCCAACCCGUUUCCUCCACCGCUAUCCACCCCAGUUUGCUUCUUUACCCGCUUCGACUCGUCAUCCCUCCAGGGCUUCAAUCUCCAAGUCUCCAGUCAAUCGGGUAUCGGCUCACACUGGAACUCGUCCAGACCUGACCUGCAUGUGCCCAGUAAGCCAGCCAGCCGAGGGUCACUCGCUGUUGCCAGCCAAGCACUGCCCUGCUGCCAGUAUCAGCGGCAGAAGCAAACUCGACAAGCCAGCACUGACCACCCACCUCCCCUUUCCAACGCUCAGACGAACUGCCAUCCCGUCACCCUCAAUCUCAUUUCUUCUCCUCACUGCCACUUAUGCUUACUGCAAGCUUGGCUUAACCUUUGCUAACUGA